AUGAAUGGACCGUUAAUAAUUGAUUGUCUAGAAACAGACUGCUUUUGUUGGCUAAGCUUUCAGUGUUUCAGUGUGAAGCAUAAGCAGUGUACUUUCUACGUUAUCUUUCUACCAAAUAACAAUACAAAUAAUGGGAAAAUGAUGAAAAUGCCUAUGCCAAGUAUUGACAGUGUGAAAGUAGCAGUACGAGUGCGGCCUUUUAGGUUGAGAGAGAAGAAUUCUGGGAGCAAAUGUGUGAUUUCCAUGCAUUCCAGGACCACCACCAUUAUACAAGACCCUAAGAAUCCAGAACAUAUGAAGACAUUUAUUUUUGACCUGGCAUAUUGGUCUCACAAUGGAUUUCAAGUGGAUAAAGAUGGUGUGUUUAUUUCAGCUGAUCCUAGCAGUAAAUUUGCAGGCCAGAGAGAUGUUUUCCAUGAUCUUGGCAGAGGAAUUCUGGACAGUGCCUGGCAAGGCUAUAAUACUACUCUCCUGGCUUAUGGACAAACUGGCUCUGGAAAAAGCUAUUCCAUGAUUGGAUUUGGUGCAAAUAAGGGUAUCAUUCCAAAUGUGUGUGAAGAGCUAUUUCAAGCAAUUGAGAACCAGGAGAAAAAUCAAGAAUACCACGUUACAUUCAGCAUGCUGGAAAUUUACAAUGAACAGGUAAGGGAUUUGCUGUCCAAAACCAAGAAACCUGGAGGGCUAAAAGUAAGGGAAGACCAACAGCUGGGCUUUUAUGUGGAUGGUCUGAAGUCAGUGCCUUGUGAGAACUAUGCCCAGAUUGAAAGACUGAUGGAACAGGGAACAAAAAUAAGGACCACAGCUUCGACCAACAUGAAUGCCAGCAGCAGCCGGUCUCACAUGGUCCUCACCAUUCAGUUCAAGCAGGUUUUCCUAGACAGAGACCUCACCAAACAAUCCAGUAUUAAUUUGGUGGAUUUAGCUGGAAGUGAAGGGCAGAAAUCUUCAGGAUCCGAAGGAGACAGACUGAGGGAAGGAUCACGAGUUAACUUAAGUUUAACUAAUUUAGGAAAUGUUAUCAGUGCUCUGGCUGAUGCAGCCAUGGGGAAGAAAGUCUUGCACGUUCCCUACAGAGACUCUGUUCUGACCAAACUGCUCCAGUCAGCUCUGGAUGGAAACAGCAGAACAACUUUGAUAGCAGCCAUAAGUCCAGCUGACAUCUGCUAUGAGGAAACUUUAUCAACAUUAAGAUAUGCUGAAAGGGCUAGGAAGAUCCGGAACAAAGCUGUGGUCAACACCUCGACCCUGAUGAGAGAGUCCAGGGCAGAGAACAACAAACUGCUGAAUAUGAUUACCUUUCCGUACCUUCUCAAUGUCAACGAAGACCCGCAGCUCACGGGGGUUCUCAAGUACUUCAUUCAGGCUGGUACUCACCCCUCUAGCUGUCCCCGUUAGGCAAUAACUCCCCAUCAGCCCCUCCCCCAACUUUCAGAUAAACACGCUUCCUUCAUGAGUUCAGACGGUCAGGUGACAGUGACGCCACAAGGCAAACGCAAGAUCGUUGUCAACGGGGUACCCAUCACGACCGGGACGCAGCGGCGGCAUCUGGACUGAAUUAUUUUGGGAUCCAACAGCGCCUACCUCUACAUCGGGUUUCCUUCAGAGCGAGGCAGUGAGGACCUGAGCAGAUUUGAUUAUGACUUUUUCCAGCUGGAGAGAGCAGCCGCGGAGGGAGUGAGUGUGGACAAGCUUGGUGCUGUGAACAGUGGAGAUGGGAAGGCAGACCCCAGUGUCCUGGCUGUGUUCCAGGAGUACAUCAAACUGAUGCCACUGGUUGCAGAAGCAAAUCAGAUGAGUGAAGAGCUGAAGAAGGGACUUAAAAUGGAGCUUAAAGUGAAGAAUUUAGCAUCGUCAGACUCCAGGGGCGGUGAGCUACGGAAAGAGGUCAUGGUCAAGGUCACCGACCAAAGGACUCAUCAGGUGUGGAUUUGGUCAAAAGCCAAGUUUAUCAAUAGGAAAUUCCUAAUGGAGGAACUUUACCAGCGUUUUCUAGAUGGAGAAGACAGCCACGUAGCUCAGGAAGAUGACCCUUUCUGGGAUCCUGUCGAGGUCGUCCACUUGGGCUCAGCUCACAUCUGGCUCCAGUCACUUGCCUACUGCAUGAAGUUUGAGGAGCAAGUGGAGUUUCUAGACUGUGACGGGCUAGAAGAGGCAGUGUUGCAUAUCCACAUAGCCCCCUGCUCCCCGACAGGACAAGCACAUGGUGAGGAAGAUGUGGUUAUCGAUCCUUUGGAGCUGCUGGGCAAGAGGAUGGAUUUCCAAAUUCACAUUGUGCAGUGCCUUGGCACCAAGUGGCUAAAGGAAGAUGCAGAGCGGGGCAUUCAGAUGGGGUACAGGAUUUAUGAUCUUCCAAACGCUUUAUAUACCAAGGCUGUAUGGAAAAUUGUGAAUCCCCACAUUGAAGAGACUGUCCAAUUCACAGCCUUAAAUGCAUCUCAGGAGUUUCUGAAUUAUCUACAGACAGAUGCUCUCAUUGUUGAUUUAUGGGGUCUUCAAGAAGGCUGUGCUGAACUGAGCUGCUCUCAACUGGACCUCAUGGUCACAAGUGAAGGCCAUGUCAUGGUGGACACCAAGAAAAUUUCCACUGUGACGGAUACAGGCCAGACGACAUCAAACCAGAUACCAGAGCUUUACCUGAAGCUGCUCAAGUUAGAACAGGAGACAGAAUUGCUAAGAAACAUUAACAGAGUCCUCAGAGAGGAAAAUGUGUUUCUUAAAGAAUCUAUUGAAAAAAUUGGUUCUCAUCAACAAGCACAUAAGCCUUUCAAUACCCUGAAGAUAACUGCAGUGACAGCACAGUUGCCAGCAGCCAGAGAUAAUCAGAUGUGCAUGCAGCAAGCCAGCUACGACAGAGAAUUUGCCAAAGCUCUUAAGGUGUUCUACCAAAGCAUGAAUGUGGCAAGAGGACAGUUUCUCAAACUGAGACAUUAUAAGCCUCCUGAAGAUGAGCAAAUGCUUCAACCAUUUGUACACCAACAGUCACAAAUGUUAAAGGACUUUGGGGACCUACUUGAAUCCAGCUUGUGGAAACUGAAAAAUGAUGUUGCUCUUAUAGUGAAAAAGAAGAGAGAAUGUUUAUUGCAUAUGGAAUAG